AUGGUGCACUUAGCUGGCGUCAAGCACGACCCUCAUCGAGGCGCAGGUUUCGAUGCUCCUCAACGCCGGGCAUCAGUUGUCCCUGGCCUUGAGCACAUCUCCCUCGAACCUCCUGGAGAGGAUGACUUCUCUACUUCCGUCUACGGCUCCCGCUUCGCUGCUCAAGAUCUUCCCAGCCAUGAAAUGCCAGAAAGAGAAAUGCCAAAAGAAAUUGCCUAUCGCAUGAUCAAGGACGAACUGAGUCUCGACGGCAACCCAAUGCUAAACCUGGCCAGCUUUGUCACCACCUUUAUGGAAGACGAAGCUGAAAAGCUGAUGACGGAUGCAUUUUCCAAGAACUUCAUUGACUACGAGGAAUAUCCACAGUCGGCCGAGAUCCAGAAUCGCUGCGUCAAUAUGAUCGCGCGCCUCUACAACGCUCCUGACGCUGAAAAUGGAACAAACGCAAUGGGCACCUCGACAAUUGGCUCCAGCGAGGCAAUCAUGCUUGCCGUCCUGGCGAUGAAGAAGAGAUGGGCAAACAAGCGCAAGGCCGAAGGAAAAGACUUUUCGAAGCCCAACAUUGUCAUGAACAGUGCAGUGCAGGUUUGUUGGGAAAAGGCUGCUCGCUACUUUGAUGUCGAGGAGAAAUACGUCUACUGUACUGAAGAUCGCUAUGUCAUCGACCCUGAGGAAGCUGUCAAUCUGGUGGAUGAGAACACCAUUGGCAUUUGUGCCAUCUUGGGUCUGACAUACACCGGUGAGUAUGAAGACGUUCAAAUGAUCAAUGACCUACUUGUCGCAAACGACAUCGACUGCCCCAUUCAUGUUGAUGCCGCUUCGGGUGGAUUCGUGGCCCCCUUCGUCAAUCCUAAUCUGGUCUGGGAUUUCCGCCUCGAGAAGGUGGCUAGCAUCAACGUCUCAGGUCACAAGUAUGGGUUGGUGUACCCAGGUGUCGGCUGGGUCAUCUGGAGAUCACCCGAGUACUUGCCCAAAGAACUCGUCUUUAACAUCAACUACCUCGGAGCUGACCAAGCAUCUUUCACCCUGAACUUCAGCAAAGGGGCAAGUCAUGUGAUCGGCCAAUACUACCAAAUGAUUCGUUUGGGUAAACGUGGCUAUCGAAGCAUCAUGCUCAACCUCACCCGUACAUCCGACUAUCUGGCUGCUCAGCUCCGAGCCCUGGGCUUUAUUCUCAUGUCUCCUGGUGGAGGGCGAUCAUUACCCGUGGUUGCAUUUCGCCUGGACCCAGAUGACGAUCAAAUGUUCGAUGAAUUUGCCAUUGCACAUCAGCUUCGUGAACGUGGCUGGGUGGUUCCUGCCUACACCAUGGCCCCGCAUAGUGAGAGGCUCAAAUUGAUGCGUGUUGUUGUCCGUGAAGACUUCAGCAAACAACGCUGUGACAGUCUGGUGUCCGACAUCAAAAUGGCGUUGCAAGUGCUGGGAGAGAUGGACCGCAAGACCAUGGAACGAUACCAAGAGCACGUGAAGAAACAUACUCAUACCGGCAAAGUUGGUCGGAAUGUUGAGCAUUACAAGGACGAGAACCACUCUCUCCAAGGCAAACACGGAAAAUCUCACGCCAUCUGCUAG